AUGUGGAGUUGUCGACCUUACUUAAGCACCAUACCGUCAAUCCCCAUGAACCCUAGCUUCGUAUUUUUCAAAGGAAAAGACGAGAAUGUCAUCUUCUUCAUCUAUUGGAAGCAAGGUUAUGCGAAGGAUUCGAGUAAAGAUUGCAAAUUCUUUGAUUGGGUGGAUCCUCCACUCCCUAAUCAGUGGUACAAGGACUUGCUCUUACAAUUGCACAAUGGGUGGAAUGGAGAUGUUGUAGAACAAAUGGAAGAAGCAGUAGUAGAAGUUGUUCCAGCUCAAGUGCAAGGUGCAGGUGGUGUUGUUCCAAGGUGGUCAAUGUUCUGGUUUAUUUUGGGUUUAUGUUUUGGUUUGUAUUUUAAGAUAAUGUAUUGGGAUAUGUAG